AUGGCCGCCUCCGCCAAGAGCUCUUAUGUCAGCAACUCCCUAAAUCUGUCUCAUUUGUUUCUCUCCCUUGCCCCGUUCCUUUCUGGAACCAGAAAACUUGCUGAGCUGAGUGUUGAUGAAUUCCUUACCUCUGGGUUUGAUUCCGAAGUGGACGGGGAUUCGGGAGGGGAUGCUGCGGAUUCCGGUGAAGAAGAGACGGGAAAGAAGCAAAGUCAGAAUGGAAAGGCAAGCGGCAAGAAGAAAGCAGCACUAAAAUCUAAAUCUACUGAAAAGAAACCAAAGAAGGGUAAAGCGUCAGAACACAAAGACCAGCUCUCCCGGCUGAAGGACCGAGAUCCGGAAUUUUACAAGUUCUUGGAAGAAAAUGACCAGAUGCUGCUUAAUUUUGAUGACUCUGACAGUUCUGACGAAGAGGAAGAACUUCAUGUGUUGCCUGACAAACUGGAGGAAGCAAGCGACGACGAGGAUGAAGACGAAGAAGGAACUGCCAAACGGAAGAAACUUGAUUUCAUCACUGUAAACAUGAAAAUGGUGGAGCACUGGAAAAGUUCCGCCAAGGAGAAGUUGACGCCCAGGCUCUUCCACAAUAUCACCCAGGGUUUCAGAGCCUGCGUGGUGACUGCCAAGGGGGACUCUAGAGGAUUAGAACCUGGCAAGUUCAAAGUCACCGACAGUGCAGUGUUCAACACCCUCGUGUCCUUCUGUAUUCACGACCUCUUUGGUUUGCUGCACAAACUACUUCAGGUGAAAGGCGCCAGAAAAAAAACCAAGGUGGUGGCACCUUCUUCCAGCCCGCUCUGGGGGAAGCUUCGCCUGGACAUCAAAACACACCUUGGCUGCUCCAUCCAGCUCCUGUCUUGCUUAACAGAGGCCUCAGUGGGAGUCGCUGUUCUCCACCAUGUCAGCUCCAUCGCGCCUUAUUACCUGGCUUUCCCAAAGCAGUGCCGGAUGUUGCUCAAGCAAGCCACUCAUCUCUGGAGCACAGGCGAGGAGACUGUGAGAGUACUGGCUUUCCUGGUGCUCAACAAAAUUUGCCGGCAUAAGAAGGACACCUACUUGAACCCGGUGCUUAAGCAAAUGUACAUUUCCUACGUGAAGAACUCCAGGUUCACUUCCCCCAACGUCCUUCCCAUGAUCAACUUCAUGCAGCGGACUCUGACAGAGAUGUAUGCCCUGGACACUCGCGUCUCCUAUCAGCAUGCCUUCAUCUACAUCCGCCAGCUCGCCAUUCACCUUCGCGGUGCCAUGACGGUGAAGAAGAAGGAGAAUUACCAGUCCGUUUACAACUGGCAGUACGUCCAUUGCCUGCAUUUCUGGUGCCGGGUCCUGAGUACCAUCUACCCCAGUGAUGUCAUGGAGCCUUUGAUUUACCCUCUGACCCAGAUCAUUAUUGGCUGCAUUAAGCUGGUGCCCACGGCUCGUUUCUACCCUUUGCGCAUGCACUGCGUCCGGGCUCUCACCCUGUUGUCGGAGAGUACUCGGACAUUCAUUCCUGUUCUGCCCUUUGUCUUGGAGAUUUUCCAGCAGGUGGACUUCAACAAGAAACCGGGCCGCAUGAGCUCCAAACCCAUUAACUUUGCAGUCAUCUUGAAGCUCUCCAACGCCAACUUGCAGGAGAAGACUUUUCGGGAUGGCCUUAUUGAGCAGCUGUAUGACCUGACCUUGGAGUAUCUCCACACCCAAGCCUACGUGAUAGGGUUUCCAGAACUCGCUCUUCCUGCCAUUCUUCAGCUCAAGGCUUUCCUGAAGGAGUGCAAAGUUGCUAACUACUGCAAGACCAUCCGUCAGCUUUUGGAGAAGCUGCAGGAGAAUUCUGCCUACAUCACCAGCAAGCGCCAGAAAGCCAGCUUUGGCGUCGCCAGCCGGGAGGCCGUGGAUCAAUGGGAGAAGGCAGUCAAAGCAGAGGGGACUCCUCUAAUGACCUAUUAUGCACACUGGAAGAAGCUAAGGGAGAAAGAGAUCCAGCUGGAGAUCAGCGGCAAAGAGCGGCUGGAAGACCUCAACCUCCCUGAGAUCAAACGGAAGAAACCAGGCGACCAAAAAGAGGAUGAUAAGAAGGCGUUCAAGGACCUCUUUGAGAUGGACAGCGACUCCGACGAGGAGGAGGCGGCCGGCAGCUUCUCUGUCAAAGAGAAAUCAAAGCUCAAGAAAUUGGAGGGCGCCCUAGAUGGCCGCAGCGAGGAAGAGGAGGAUGAUGAGGAAGGGCAGUACGAAGUGGAGGAUGACAGCGAAGAGGAGGAGGAAGACCCGAGUGAUUCAGACGGGGGAGGCAAAGGGCCUCAGAGGCGCAAGGGUGUCGGGAAACAGCUGUCUCGGGCGGAGCUGGAACAUCUGGCGCAGGGACCAGAGGACGUCGUGGAAGACCUGGACUUCUCCGACGAGGAGGCCGACUGA